CGAACGCCUUCAGGUGAGAAAUUCGCGUCGCGACGUUUCGACUCGCAGCGUGGCUAAAGGCGACAUUCCCUCUGUCGGAUUAGAGAGUUGGAUAAAUAAUCAUCGCGCGGACGCGCGCGUCGCGAUCGCAGGAAAACGGCAGGUGAAACCGCGGUGGAGCAGCGAAAUCGGUCACGCUAAUUACCGGGCUAGCUGCUACCUGGAGUUGCUGCUCUCGCGAUUAAUUAGAACGACGCGUCGAGAGGAAAAUCGCGGACUGGAUCUUUUAUUCAGCUGCUCGACGCGCGCCACUGGAUCCAUUAUUUACGCGCGUGCGAUGCGCCAUGUUUAAUGCAUGGACAAAAUCCGUCGAACGCGCAAACACUGCUUCCCGAGAUCCCGAUUCCCGAUAUCGGCCCCCGUGGAAUCUUUCGUAUUGCUUUUGCAAUUCCGACGACGCCGAUGCGCUCACUUUUCCGAUGUCAUCCGCGGAAUCAAAAUCGAAACCGAUUUCUAUUCCGGGUAAAGCGUAACGAAUAAAUUCCGAGGACGUGAAACGACCAUAGAAGUUCCAAAGCGUCCUUUAUCAUCGAGGAUAAAGAAAAAUCGGUUACGAGGAUCGAGAGGAAAACGGGCUGGCAGAUUUGCGACGACCUUGGCAUGGCGGUCGCCACUCAGCGUGCGACCAUAGGAAAGUGACGUCUCCGUGCGCGAGCACACCUUUCCAUAGGUGUUACCUCCACCACGAAGCGGACCCACGCGAUCGUGAUCGGGAUCGCGUAUAGGUGAGAGGCCUCGCUGUCGGCAGGGUGUCCCGUUAGGGGACCUAGAAGGCCCAGAAGGGGCCACAGCCAAUCGUAUCAACCUGGUUCCGAACACACCGGAACGGAUCCUCGACCGAUGAGGAUCGCCUGCCAACCGGUCGGGCUGAUCAGUCGACCGGUACGAUUUACCAAUCGCGUUUCUCGUGUCGCUGAUUCAAUACGAGACAUUCGGGGCUAGACACUCAAGAGAGGUCGACGACAAUGACAGCUCUGGCGCCGAAAUUUCACUGAACCACUGCCAGGCCUAUCGUUGACACCACCCUGCGAGGCUACCAGCCAUGAGCCGCACGGGAUACACGUGCAUCAGGCACGUCUUCUGCACCCUCAACGUUCUCAUCUGGUUAUGCGCUUGCGGAAUUUUGGGUGCAGGCCUCUGGCUGCGGUUGGUCUACUCCGGAUACGCGACCUUGGUGCCGAACUACAGUUUCGCGUCAGCUGACUCGCUGCUGCUGGCUGCCGGAUGUGUCACCUUCGUCAUCGCCUUCUUCGGAUGCUGCGGUGCCUGGUUCCAGUCCAGAUGCAUGCUGAUCACGUACUUCGGUCUGGUGAUACUGAUGUUCCUGGGCGAGUUUAUGCUAGGCACUCUGGCCUUCGUGUUCAGAGAGCAUCUGGCGAAGAGUCUGAAAGACGAGCUGCUCUUCGGUAUCGAGAAGCAUUAUAACAUAACCUCCGAACCCGGAACCCUGCCCGCGAUAUGGGACAACAUACAAUCGGAGUUCCACUGUUGCGGCGUACGGGACUACACGGAUUGGUUCCGAAUCGACGCCUGGCCGACGGAGGACCGUGUGCCUUCUUCGUGUUGCGUGCAGAGGGUAUGGCAUUGCGGUCGCCUGGACCCCGAGGGAAAGAACAAGGAGCUCUGGUACAAGGAAGGCUGCGCGACCGCUAUUCAAAUGUGGUUGGUGACCAGGCUGCAUGUGGUCGGGACCGUUGGUCUCGUUGUGGCUUUUCUUCAGCUGUUCGGACAGGUGGCCAGCAUGAUCCUGUUCUGCACCGUCAGGCACAAGAGGUCAUCCCACACGUACAAGAGCUACGACACCACGAACACCUAGAAUUUCAGAUGGAUCUUAGACGAGACCAGUGUCUAAGGUCCAUCGAACCCUAACAACUAUAUAUUACGCGACACGUCCGCGAUGAUCGCCAUCUUCUUCGCGCUGUCUGAAGAGGAUUUCGAUUGUUGUGCGCGCUAACCCCUCGAGCGACAUCUGGAUUCCUGUAAACACCCUUCGACGAUGUAAUUCUAAGGCGAAAGAUACCUUCCCUGUCGUAGAAUUCGAGUAGGACCAGUGAUCACUGCGAACCGUUCGGUUCGCGAAAUUUCUGCUUACCCGCCAACAAGAUGGCGGCGCGUGAUAAUUAACGAGGCGAAUUCGAAGACACGUACGACCAGCUGUUAGUCCCAUUCCUAUUCUAUUCAGCUGACUAGCUUUGCUAGCUUUCAACGAGAUAUCGUGGAUUCGUAGAGGUAGCUACAUACUCUGGGAAAAGAUCUGGAAAUUCAUCAUUGUCACCGAAUUCGUUUCACGAGCGGCGAUUAUUAGAGCGCCAGCGUCUCAGAGAAUUUUAUAGGAUGCGAACAUUUAUGUUAUCUUGCAUGCGAAUGUGUUUAUUUAAUAGGGAUAACUUUAUCGCACACGAAGCAUACCAAAAUUGCGUCUCGUGCAACGAGGCUUCGCCCGACGAUCUCCAGUCGAUGUUUGGAUCCUUCGUUCGACGAGUAUGCCUGGUUGCACGAACGCGAGCACCACUAUUUUUACUCGUUAUCGUUUAAGAUCGACGUCGACACGCCCGCGGAAAUUCCUACCCUUCUUCUCUCGCUUAGCUUUAAAUUUCCCGGGUGUGCCGAUCGAACCGUUUUCAUCGCAUAACUCGAUCGCGUAGAUCAUCGAGUAGUUGGUAAUCUAGAAUACGCGAGACGCAUAUUGUUUAUUCGAGGAUGCGCGAUCUCGGGUUCGGCUGGAUACGAGAUCGCGAACGUCGAUUAACUGCUUCGAGAUGUUCGACGCGAACUUCGUUACGUUACAUGUAUAUUGUUCGAAUAAUAAAUAAUAUAUUUACGCGACUCUCCGAAUGCUCUUUGCCCAGCCUUGCUGACUGGGGACUUAUUUAGAAACUCGCCGUGACGUGUCUGCGUCGUCUGAAUCAGAGCUAAGUUCCUCGGGACUAUCUUCUGAGUCACUGUCACGAUUUUAUUAAUCCGUUAACUAACAG